UUCUUCUUCUUCUUCCCGUAGUGUUCUGCGGAAUGUGGCAUGGGCACUCAGCGCCGGGACGUCGUCUGCAUCACCAAACUGGGCUCCGACUUCAACGUGACGGAUCCCUCCGAGUGCAGAUACCGGGAAAAGCCGCCCUCCCUGCAGUCUUGCACCGGCACCGGCUGCGAGGCCCGGUGGUUCUCCACUGCCUGGAGCGCGUGCUCCAGGACCUGCGUGGGGGGCGUGCAGGUGCGGGAGGUGCAGUGCCUGACCCAGAACAGGACCCUCAGCAGACUCUGCCCCCCAGAACUCAAGCCAGCCAAGAAACGACCCUGCAACAACCAGCCCUGCGUUGCGGACCUUGAUGAGAACUGCAGAGACAAAUACCACAACUGCCCGGUGAUCGUGCAAGCUCGCCUCUGCGUCUACGCCUACUACAAGACGGUUUGUUGCGCCUCCUGCACGCACGCGCUGGAACGGCGCCACACCGAGCCGAGCCGGUAGCGCCAAACGACAGUGGGCGAGCGGGAUCCCGGCUGGUCCUCUUACCAGACAGGGACAAGUUGGACAAACAGCCCCCGCCCCGUCUCCUGCGAGCCCCACGUCCCACGGCAAACAGGGGCAGAGGAGAAGGGCACAGUGUUUCCAAAGCGGAAAGGACUGGAAGGGAUUUGAACUUAAAGACUGAGCGUUUCCCUCAGUGUCCAGUCCUGUACCCUUUUCAUGGUGGGUGUGGCCUGUGUCGCAAUCCAAAUUGGGGGGGGAGAAAUUCCCCCGGCUGCACAGUAAAGAGAGAGGGGGGGGCUAUAGACUUUUUAUCUUCAUGUGCUUAAUGCCUCUUCCAGAAUCUGCUCCUCCUGUGGGGGGGGGGCUGGGCUGGGGAGGGAAGGGGGUGCCGCAUGCAUCAGGAAUCGAUUACCAUGUGCCAAAGAUCCUCGAGGAUCUGAGUUUUUUGUCUAGCUAUGCAAUGCCCUCAUUUCAAACCCCAAAGGAUCCUGCGCUUCCAGUCCCAAAUUUCUUCUGUCCUCGAUGACGUACGUCCGAGACUUUGUUUCUGCUCCCUUGACUUUGUGAUUGCGAGAAUGUGAUGGUUUUCACCUGGGAAACUCAGGUGCCAGGUAAAGUUUACCCCCAAAAGUUAUUGGCAGCGCAAGAAGGGCAGAAGGAUCUUGCAGUCGUGUUCCUUGUGCCCGAGUCUAUCAAUUGCCAGAUGUUUUGUUUGAUUUUGGUCUGAGAAUCUAUUGGUGCUAUUUCUGCAGGAGGGGAAAGCGUAAACGACGGGGGUGGGAAAUUAUGACCGAGCUUCUCACCUGGAAUUUUGUGUACGGUUCCGGGCACCGCAAUUCAAGAAGGAUAUUGACAAACUGGAAUGGGUCCAGAGGAGGGCGACCAAAAUGGUAAAAGGCCUGGAGUCCAUGCCCUACAAGGAGAGGCUUAGGGAGUUGGGGAUGUUCAGU